AUUCAAGUGGUUAAAGCUAUGGAAAUCAAAAGAAAUUUGGUUGGUUUUUUUUUCACCUGUUCUGUUUGACUAAGCCAAAGACACAAGGGGAAAAAAAGGAGAAGGAAAAGAAAAGGCAAUGUUGACAGAACAAUGUGGCUGCAGGCCCAUGACACAAGAGAAUCUAUCCUCUCUUUCUCUCUUUUCCUUUGUGGUUAUGAGAGCAAGAAUGUCUUUUUCUUUGUAUACUUCCAACCCACUAAAAACACAUUCUUGUCAUUUUCAUUCUCAUAUCAAUUCUUAUUGUUCUUUGCGCAUUUGGAGAGCGAAAGAGACAGAGACAGAGAGAGAGCUAAGAAUGGAAGAGGAGUUUCAAGGAAGGCCAGCAGAGUUACAACUGCAAUGCUGCAGUGCAAGGAUCAUGUCACCAGAGAUCGUCGAGAUUGGAGACGAAAGUAAGACUAUUAUCAGUAGCAGUGACUGUGGUGCAACCGAUGUCUAUGUCGCCGUUGGUAAAGAUGAUAUAGAUGUGCUUAAAUGGGCCCUUGAUCAUGCUGUCUCACCUGGCUGUUGUGUCUUUCUUAUCCAUGUUUUUCCUCCUCUCACCUACAUCCCUACUCCAGUUGGAAGAUUAGCAAGGAGUCAACUGAGCCAAGAACAACUGAGAGUGUACACCAAUGAAGAAAACAAUAGAAGGAGAAAUCUCCUGCAGAAGUACAUCCGCUUAUGCACUGACGCCAAGGUGACAGUGGACACAUUGCUUCUGGAGAGCAACACGACAGCCAAAGCAAUCCUUCAACUAAUUCCAGUACUCAACAUCACCAAUUUAGUCAUAGGAACCAAAAAUCCACUUUCCACAAGGCUAUUGGGGAAAAGAAUGGCGAAAGGAGAGUUUGUGAAAAAGAAUGCACCAGAAUGUUGCGAGGUUACCAUUGUUUAUGAAGGCAAAAAGGUCGAUGAGCGUCACCAGGAAAUGGGGUUGCUUCAUUCUUCUCAAAACUCCGGUAGCCGUCGCCGGCGCUCCGGCAAGAACUUGUUCGAGUGUGUGUGCUUGUUCAGCAGGUCGGGAAGCGAUUAAUGGGUUCUGUUAAUGCAAUGAACAAGAUGAAGAAGAACAAACGAAGAGAGAAUCACAAUUUUUACUUACUUUUUGUUUGUUUGAAUCCGAUCAAAGCCUACAGAUAGCCCAUAUCAGCUGGCUUGUAAUUUAGCGGCCGCCGCAAUUGAAAUGAAAUGAUUUAUGCAUAGAAAUUGUCGGAC